AAUUUCAUUGAUAAAAAUAACUUGUGCAAGAUAUCCACAUGCUGAUGUCACAUUGUUGUUUGGAACGGAAGCGAAAGCAGGAGCUUCGAACAUCUCGAAGAAGCAGUGAGGAAUAAUGGCUCGUACUAAGCAAACUGCAAGAAAGUCCACUGGAGGGAAGGCCCCUCGUAAACAGCUUGCCACCAAGGCUGCUCGCAAGAGUGCUCCAUCAACUGGAGGUGUGAAGAAGCCCCAUCGUUACAGGCCUGGAACAGUGGCUCUUCGUGAGAUUCGUCGGUAUCAGAAGAGCACAGAGUUGCUGAUCCGCAAACUGCCAUUCCAGCGUCUAGUCCGUGAGAUUGCCCAGGACUUCAAGACGGAAUUGAGAUUCCAGAGUGCAGCUAUUGGUGCUCUACAGGAAGCCAGCGAGGCCUAUCUUGUGGGACUAUUUGAAGACACCAACUUGUGUGCCAUCCACGCCAAGAGAGUGACCAUCAUGCCUAAGGACAUCCAACUGGCCAGGAGAAUCCGUGGAGAACGUGCAUAAGCGAUGCACUGAUGCGACAGCUCAAUCUAGUUUUUAAAACUGCUGUCGCCCUUGGUGGAACAAAGCAAGCUGCUAGAACGGAAAGAGUUCAUAGUUUCUCAAUUCGACAACCAGCUGUGAGAAGCAGCAUCCGUUUGUACAUAGUCUUACUCCCCCACUUGUAUUUGAAACUCUUGGUACUAUAUUUUGGAGGAUAUUUUACUACAUGGAACCAUGUUGUAAGACCAGUUGGCAUUUAUCAUUGUUUCAAAUUUGGAAACAAUGCAACACGUACUUGCCCCCUUACUUGACAGUGGAUCGGUGUGUUUUUAGCUUGUGUGUCGGUGACUGUAAUUGACCCAGUUGUGUGUCUUAACCUUUUUUGUUUUAGUCUAAAAUCAUUUUUAAGCCAUGUAAAUGUCAAGUCUGAAAUGGUGGGAAGUCUUACUCUACAACCUGUACAGGGCCAGGAAUAACAUUUAGAAUACAGUUUACUGCACGUUACUAAAAAAAAAUUGGUUGUCCGACCUUAAAGUGAACAGGAGCUGGUGUGCCAAGACCAUUUUAGUAUCGAAAACUACCAACGUUACCCUUGUUCCACUUGCCAGGAUGUGCUCGACAAUGCUGUAGAAUGGAUACUUAAAACUGUGCCCAGGAAUUUUGAUACUAAGUAAGUUUUGAAGUAGGAUUUUUCAUCAUUUCAAGUUAAAUCUGUAGUGACUUUCAAACACUUUGUCAUCUGAUAUUUUGAUGCUUCAUCUGGAAAUUGUCUUCUUACAGUGAGAAAACAUACAUUGUGUACAUGUACUUGUAAGUGGUUUGUAUUCAUUUCAACUUUACCCUAUUACAGAGAACAUUUCAUGGUGUAAAUGACCAGAUCAGUGUUCCAACAUGAGCCAUACUUAAAAACAACAAUCCAUCGAGAUGGGCAAGGUUCCGAGCUUGUCUGGUCAAGUUUCACCUAACCCUCAUUUCUAAUUGGACUUGUAAAUAAUGUAAUUAGGUACAGUGUAGUGCACAAUAUAAGCUUUUUCACAAGAUGGGAAAUGUUUUGGAGUCACUGAAGAAUAAACCCGGUCACCAUCAAAUCUAUACCUUAA